AUGUCCUCCAAGACCGCGGCAAAGGUCACGCAAGCUGUGCUCCGAGUCCACCCCGUCCAUAAGAAAUACACCGUCCAAUCCACCGGAAUCUGGGAACGCAUCCGCCGCCUCUUCGCCGUUGACUCCACGCGCUCCAACGGCGUGCCCCUCAACCCGCAAUACCGCAACCCGCCCCCAGGAUCCAACGACCCCCUCUCCUUCCAAGACCCCGUCACCCUGCCCGCGGGCGACAUCGCCGGCAACCCGUACUGGAAGCGCGACGCGCGCCGCAACUACCCGCAGCUCUCGUUCGUGACGCAGGGCGAUGUCGUGGGCCUUUUGAGCCUGGGGAGCCAGGCCAGCCCCAAGAAGGAGCUGAUCGGGGACGCGGGCGCGCAGGCGCUGGUGCAGGUCCAGGAGGAGGGCAAGACGGGGCUGGCGGCGUACUUUAAGAAGGAUGCGAGUGCGCUGGCGAUGCUGGGGAAGGACGGGCUGCCGCCGCUCCCGAGUGGAUUGAGAAAGGUCCCCUAUGCCCUCACCGGCGAGAAUGCGUACCCGGAUAAGUAUCCUUGCCGGACAUUCCAAUAG